UUGCUAGAGUCGUAAGCCGCUGGGCUAGCCAUUUGUCUCUUUACCAUGUGGUGUGCCUUGUUAGCGUCACCAGACUUGCCGUAGCCGUAGCCACUAUCCUGAAACCCAAAGACCAAAAUAUUACCUUUCGUCUACAAAUAGUUGACGACCGACAGCGGACGACUGUGCCUGCACCAAGCUUUGAGAGGGGUUCAAAGAAGUGAAGAAGGCCAGCGACCACAAAAUGAAGUCUGAGGGAAUUGAAGGCUGUGAGAGAUUUCUGAGCCCUGGCAAAGGCCGAGGGAUUAGAGCAACGAAACACUUCAAAGUUGGCGAUCUCAUUUUCGCGUGCCCGGCGUAUUCCUACGUUUUGACAGUGAAUGAGAGGGGUGGCCACUGCGAAUUUUGUUUUACGAGAAGGGAAGCUUUGUCCAAGUGUGGAAAAUGUAAGCAAGCCUACUACUGCAAUGUGGAGUGCCAGAAAGGAGAUUGGCCCAUGCACAAGCUCGAGUGCUCUGCUAUGUGUUCAUAUGGUGAAAACUGGUGUCCUUCAGAAACUGUGCGACUUGUGGCUCGAAUCAUUCUGAAACAGAAAUUCCAGACAGAGCGGACCCAGUCAGAAAGGUUGCUAGCACUGAAAGAGUUCGAAGCACAUCUGGACAAGUUGGACAAUGAGAAAAAUGAGAUGAACCAAACUGAUAUUGCUGCACUCCGUCAUUUUUACUCACGGCAUUUGGAGUUCCCUGAUAAUGCUGCUCUCACAGAACUCUUUGCCCAGGUGAACUGUAAUGGUUUUACUAUUGAAGAUGAGGAGUUGUCUCAUUUGGGCUCUGCAGUCUUUCCUGAUGUUGCUUUGAUGAACCACAGCUGUAGUCCAAAUGUGAUUGUGACUUAUAAAGGCACAGCCGCUGAGGUUCGAGCUGUUCAGGAAAUCAGCCCUGGAGAAGAGAUUUUCAAUAGUUACAUCGAUCUCCUGUAUCCAACAGAGGACAGGAAUGAAAGGCUGAGCGAUUCAUACUUCUUUACCUGUGAUUGCAAAGAAUGCACCACCAAAUCUAAGGACAAAGCCAAAAUAGAGAUCCGCCGAAAGCUGAGCACACCACCAGAGCCAGAGGAAAUUCGAGAAAUGGUGAGGUACGGCAAGAAUAUCAUUGAGGAGUUCAGGAGAGCCAAGCACUACAAGACUCCCAGUGAACUGCUGGAGAUUUGCGAGUUAAGUCUGGAGAAGAUGGGAUCCAUUUUUGAGGACACCAAUGUGUACAUGUUGCAUAUGAUGUACCAGGCUAUGGGUGUAUGUCUCUAUAUGCAGGAUUGGGAUGGAGCCAUGAAGUAUGGCGAGAAAAUAGUGCAACCGUAUAGUGUACACUACCCUCCAUAUUCUCUCAAUGUGGCUUCUAUGUACCUGAAACUUGGAAGACUUUACUUAGGACUUGAAAAGAAAUCAGAAGGAGUUAAAGCUCUAAAGAAGGCUGUGUCUAUCAUGAAUGUGGUGUUUGGUAAGGACCACCAUUACAUUGCUGAGAUUAAGAAGGAGAUGGAGGAACAGAAGUGAAAAAGAAAGUGGAGAACCUUUGUAACAGCAACAAAGGCUGCAUGGCAUGGAUCUUAUACCUCUGCCUGAAUACAAAGUGAUGUCAUUAUUAUAUGUUUCUUUCUGGUGUUGUUAAGAUAUGUUUUGUUUUACUUGUUAUUGAUGACCUGAAUGUUUGAUUUUGAGGUGCUGGUAUUGUCUGUCUUCAGUUGGAAACAAUGUUUUGUGUGAGCAAGGGCUAAUAUUUAAAAAACCAAAUAUAACUAUACAAAUUAUAAAUUCUUAAGAGUAUUUAUAAAUUACAUUAUUGCUUUCCCAUGUAGCAACCAGAAGUUGAGACUCUGGAAAACCAAAAUUAAAAUGCAAAAAUACUGUUUGAACUAGCUCUCUUUCUCAGAAUGUAAACCAUGUAAUGUGCUUUUUGUACCCCUCACUCUCCAUAUUAAUUUACUGUGUGGUGUUGCAUGAUUGUUUUGCAAGAAACAGUGUACUGUGUUUCAGGCCGAAACUGUAUACCAGGUGUCAUCAGUUCCAGCCCUGGAAGGCCAGAGUCCAACUCAAUUUGAUGAUUUCACUGCUGGAACACACCUGUUGCAGCUCAUCUGUUAAUUACCAGUUUCAAAUUUGUGUGUUUGAGCAAGGAGAUCACCAAACUGUGCAGGUGCUCCAGGACUGGAAUUGAUGAGCCCUGCUCUAUACUACAAUACAGACGAUGCUGCAAAAAGUUCUGUACAAAUAAAAUUGAAUUUAAUUGAAUAUA